AACUGAUCUGAACUGAACGUCUUGUGAAAAAGUGAACUUUUGGACAUUUGUGGGGAAUGCGUCAAACUCUUUUCUUUCAGAUAAACGAAGAUCUUUCAUUUCAUUUAGUCUAUUUAACAUAAUCCGAAUGAAUAGUUUGACUAUAAAAUGAACAUUUAUCCGUCAAUAUUCUUUUAAAAUGGUUUUUGUUUUAAAAUUAAAACAUUAUUUAAGAACAUUCAAUCUUUUUGAGUCUUAUUAUUUACCAUCAACCACAAUCGAUCAGCAUCAUAAAUUAGAAAAUGAAUUAAUAUCAACACGUCUUUAUAUUCUUUUAUUAAUCAUUUCAUUUGUCAUUCUUGUUUUCUAUUCAUCAUUAAUACGAAUAACACAAACAGUUAUUGUUAAUGAACCAUCAAUUACCAAAUAUACACAAAUUUAUGAACGGUAUUCACAAACAUUGUCAUGUCCAUGUGAUAGGAUUUCUGUUUCAUAUAAAGACAUUAUUCAAAUACAACCGUUUUAUCAUCAAAUAUGUUCAUCAGAUUUUAUUAAAGAUCAAUGGAUUUUUUAUAUUAAUAAUCAACCUAUUGAUAAUGAUGAUAUGGAUCCACGUGAUUUUCGUUUGACUGGUGGUUCAUCAUUUCGAAUGUUACAAUAUAUAUGUCAGACAAGUAAUUCAACAAUUUUUAAUUCUAUAUCUACAUUUUAUUCAACACAAUAUAUAACAUCAACCCUUAUAUCAAACGAUUUAUUUAAUAAACAAAUAAAUGCAGAAAUUAAUUUAUUUAUAUCAACUACAAUAUCAACAUACGCACGAUCAUUACAAUUAAUACGUAGUACAACUCAGGCUAAUGGUUUAAUAUCAGCAUUACAAACAAAUGUUUACUUUGUAGAACAAGAUCCAAAUUAUUCCCAAACUACGGGUAUUAUAAUAGAGCCACAGAGUGUCUUCGAAAACCUUGUCAAAAAAUAG